CAUAGUACUGUUUAUUCCCAGUAGUUUUGCUGACUGAUCUUUAAGAAAAACACAAAACUUUUGGAAGAUCAGUCAUCUGUUUGCUGGCUUCACAAUGAGGUCGUUUUUGCUAGUGGUUCUGCUGGUACUUGGAGAGACUUUCGUACAACUUGUAAUAGGCGAUGGCUCUCCUACCGUUGGAUUUGGAAAAGGCCAUCAAGGAAAUAACCAUCCUGGAGGCUUAGAUACCGGGGAAACUCCCCUUAAAACUAAUGGAGCUGGAGAUCCAUUAUCUAACCCAGGACUCGUUACUGGUGCUAAUAGUGAAAUUCCAAGUACCCCAAACAGAAUGAAAAGAGGCCAUCAAGGCGGUAUAGUUUCUGAAGGAAAUAUUGGAAGAACUGCCACUGGAGAUCCAGAAUCCGUUCCAGAACUUAUUUCUGAAGCUAAUAGUGGAGGUCCGUUUGCCAAAAAGCAUCCUCAAGAAUUUAAAUGGAUCAGGGAAGAAGGAGGUAGACUGAUCCAAGUCAGAAAAGAUCCUCUAGGAGGUUUAAUUUCAGGAGGAAAAAGUGGAGGUCCUUUUGGAACUGAAGAUCCGGAAUCCAUCCCAGUAACCAGUAACCAUGAGCAAGGAGGGCUAAUUUCCGGAGGGCAUAGUGGAGGUCCUUUGGGAAUUACUGAAACUGGAGAUCCAGAAUCCGUUCCAGGACUUAUUUCUGGAGCUAAUAGUGGAGGGCCUUUUGCCAAAAAGCCUCCCCAAAAAUUUGUAUGGGUCAGGGAAAAAGGAGGUAGACUGGUCCAAAUAAGAAAAGAUCUUCUAGAAGGGCAAAGUGGAGGUACUUUUGGAACUGAAGAUCCGGAAUCCAACCCAGUAACCAGUAACAAACACCAAGAAGGGCUUGUUUCCGGAGGGCAUAGUGGAGGACCUUUUGGAGUUAGCCAUCAUCAAGGAAGUUCAUGGAGCAGAAAGAAAGAAGGUCGGCCCAUCAGAGAAAGCCCCUUUGGGGAAGAUUCGGAACUCGUAACUGGAAGUCGAAUUCGGAAACAGCAAGUAAUGGAACUGAAGUUUGAGCAGUAAUUCUGAUCAUACUGAAACUGAAUUUAUAAAGACCAAGUUUCAACGGUCAACUGAAUUAAUCAACCAUUUUAUACUUUCAUUUUUAAGACUAAUCAGUUCAAUUAAAGUAAUGGUUAAAAGCCACAAGCAUCAGAAGCUUAAGUAGCACACAAAGUGCUCUCCACCUGA